AUGGCUAUCGGUGCCGAUGGACCAUCAUGGGUGGACGACACCCCAACGGGGCGUCCGAGUGGAAGGAAACUGUGGGAGAAGUACAACGGUAAGGGGUGGACGGAGAAGGGGUCGCACAAGUACGGCCGGUCCAACGACCAGUCGUGGUGGGAGAAGUGGGGCGAGCAGUACGACGGCCAGGGCAUGGUGCUCAAAUGGACGGACAAGUGGGCGGAGAAGGAUGACGGCACCAAGUGGGGCGACAAGUGGGAGGAACGGUUCACAUCGGGUGUGGGGCACAGACAAGGGGAGACCUGGCACGUGGAGAACUCAGGCUCCCGCUGGUCAAGAACAUGGGGCGAGGAGCACUUUGGGGAUGGGAUGGUGCACAAGUAUGGGAGGAGCACGAGCGGUGAACAGUGGGAUGUGGUGGUGGCUGAGCCAACAUACUAUGAGGGGAAGCCACACUACGGCUGGGAUGAAGCUGUGGCCAACUCCUCACAACUGCUAUCCAUUGAGAUCAGGGACCGCACAGAACCCAGUGACGCCCUGGCUGCUGGGGACAGUGCCAGUGCUGCAAGGCUCUUCUCCCCGCGUGCCAUCAUCAUGCCACCUGACCAGCCCGAACGGCAGUUCCAGUUCUCGUUUCAGCUCCAGCAGUACCUCCAGGUGAGCCCCGUCCCCUGCUGCGUGCUCCUCAGUUCCUCCUGCGUGCUUCCCAGUCCCCAUCGUGCCUCCACUGACAUGACGUGUGACAAUGGGCAGCCACUGGCGUCGCGUCAUCUCCAAUUCAGCUUCCACAUGGAGGAAGUUGUGGAUAUUUUCACACCCAAGGACAUGCUUGGUGGGGAAGCAGCCGUGGAUGCACUUAGUGACGCAGCUAGCCAGGCGGACAAGGCUCUGAGCAGAGGACAGUUCACAGCCAAGAAAACUUCAGGUACGGCCAUGCUCUGCUGCGUUGUUAUUUUGCCCAGUGCAAGUGCGCUGAUCAUGCUCGUCUGGCACUGCAUGGGUGCAGGCAGAGUGGUGCAGAGCGGCAAGUUCAUCGCGCUGUGGGAGGUGGGCCCUGCAGGCAAGCCCUCCUGGGGUGUGGCAGCUGGAGCGAGUGCGGAGGAGCGCAGUGGGAGGGGCGAGGGACGAAGGGCGCUGGUGGAGGAACCUGUGGGCGGCAGUGGUGGGUUGCGUGACACUUUGCAUGGGCGGCCGUCCCUGCCUGGUGCACGCAUAGCCUGGCUCAUGUGGACCCGCAACGCCCCCUCUCCUGCUCCUCCUCCGCCUCCGCCUACCCCUCCCACUCCCACUCCCACCUCACCACCUCCAAUCCCUCCUCCACACCCCUCUCCAUCUUCCCCUCCUCCAUCCCCUCCUCCAUUCCCCCCUACUCCAUCCCCUCCCUCUUCCCCUCCUCCAUCCCCUCCCUCCUCCCCUCCUCCACCCCCUCCCUCCUCCCCUCCUCCACCCCCUCCCUCCUCCCCUCCUCCAUCCCCUCCAUCUUCCCCUCCUCCAUCCCCUCCCUCCUCCCCUCCUCCAUUCCCCCCUCCUCCAUCCCCUCCCUCUUCCCCUCCUCCAUCCCCUCCCUCCUCCCCUCCUCCACCCCCUCCCUCCUCCCCUCCUCCAUUCCCUCCAUCUUCCCCUCCUCCAUCCCCUCCCUCCUCCCCUCCUCCAUCCCCUCCCUCUUCCCCUCCUCCAUCCCCUCCCUCCUCCCCUCCUCCAUCCCCUCCAUCUUCCCCUCCUCCCUCCCCAUCCCCACCGUCUCCUACUCCUCAUCCUCCUCUGCCGCCUCCCAGUCCUCCUCCUCCCCCCUCUCCACCACCAAGUCACCCUCCCUCUCCCCACCCUUCCCCUCCUAAACCACCCCCUCCCUCUCCUCCGCAUCCUCCCCCUUCACAUCCCCCUCCUCCGCCUCCCCAGCCUCCUCAGCCUGUGGUGCGGCAGCAGCACAUGGUGCGGUGUGGUGGACAACUUCAAACUGAAUCCAUGUUUCCAUCCCCUUAG